AGGAGUUGCCCUCUCUCAACAGCAUCACAUUAUGAUCACCUCAGACAAGAAAGAUUUUGGAGAUAGAUGUAAAAGCUGCUUCAUGCAAUAUUAAUUUGAUGCAAAAUGCAACCCUUCUGAACAGUUUAGAAUAACUUUAUAAUGCGGGAAUUGCUCUGAGCUUUAAUUAUCAACGGAUGGACCUGGUGCCUGUCGGCUGAGACAUCAUUUACGAGCGGCGGUGAGACAGACGAGGCGGGACCGGGAUGGUGGAGCGGUCGGACCGAGCCCCUCUGCUGGACUGGGAGGAGAUUCCGUCCGCGGAGAAGCCCGGAGGAACAGUACCGGUGGCAGCACAGGUCAAGGACCGACUGGCGAGCCCCUCCAACAACCGUACCUCACCAGGAUGCUCGGCGCAGGGGUGGAGCAGCGGACCAGGGGGUUCCACUUCCAGCAGGUCUGUCCCCGACGGCUGCAGCGCCCCACCCGCGACCUCCAGCACCUCGGCGGGCAAAGAUGAAGCCCUGCAUGCCAACAACGAGGAGCAUCUUUCGGAUUCAGGAUCGACAGAGGAGUCGUUGGAUGACAGGAUGGUGAAAUGGGAGGAAAAGGACCAGAUCGUGUCGGUCUUUGUGGUUGCGUUCAAUACCAGAUCAGGAAACAUGCUGGAGUGGUGUCUGCCCAAAGACAUGGACCUGGAGGGAGUGGAGUUCAAAGCCAUCGCCAGCGGCUCCCACAGGGUCACCACAGACUUCAUAUACUUCCGGAAGGGCUCUUACUUUGGGCUCGCCUGCUUUGCCAACAUGCCGGUGGAGAGCGUGGUGGAGCGGGGCGCGAGGAUGAAGUCGGUAGGGAUCCUGUCGCCUUCCUACACCCUGCUCUACCGCUACAUGAGCUUUCUGGAGCAUCAGGUCAGGCUCCAGCUUCAGACCCCAGGCCACUACUCUCCUCUGGAGGCUUUCUAUGAGGACAAGAGAGCAAUACUGCCCCCCAGUGGUGAUGGUGUUGUUAGUGCAUGUCCAGCCAACGCCUGGGGGGCUGCAAUCAACCACAGCAUGCACCCUGAGAUGAAGAUCACCCACCCUGCAGGCUGCAUGUCCCAGUUCAUCCGCUUCUUUGGGGAGCAGAUCAUGGUGCUGUGGAAACUGGCUCUCCUCCGCAGGCGCAUCCUCAUCUUCUCCCCUCCACCUGUGGGCGUGGUCUGCUACAGAGGACACGGAGCUAAACCUUCCUCCUCCAAGACCGGUCCCACGUACUUAUCAACCACUACCCAAAGUGUCUAG